UCUCGGCGGCAUUAUAACCUCGAUCGGGUCGGCUCUGAAAGCAUGGUCUGACGUGCUCAUAUAAGUAAGAUGUUUUUGUAUGUCAUCCGACAGGAUAGGCUGUUAUAAUGUCGGAUAUACCUGCUAUUGCGGCUAGAGAUGAUGUGCUUGGUGAACAUCCGAGGCGUCGAUAUAAGCGUACUCGAACCGGCUGUGAACGAUGUCGCGCACAACACCGCAAGUGCGACGAAGAAAAACCACAGUGCCGCCGUUGCACUGAUUCAGGGGUUGUGUGCAAGUAUAUUGUGCGUGUGUCUUUUCUAGAGAAGAACUCUCGGACGCUUCCAGACUCUACUUCUCCGAUGCCAUCGUUAACUGUAGCCACGCGUGAAUAUCCUGCUUUGGAAUUUAUCGUCAACAAUGACCCUUCCAUCGAGAGAAGUGCUUCUGAUUCGCUUUCUACUUCGACGGCGAUAAACCAAAUUGCACAGCCCCAAAGAGAGUAUGAUGUUGAAAACCCCUCAGAAUCGCAGCCUAUCUUCCCGAUGGCUCAUUCACAAGCCCAGCAAGAUGAGAACAUUAAUUUACAACGGAAAGAUACCCAGAAUCUGAAUAACACAUGGCCCCUAGCUGGACGCAGUUCACUUUCAAAUAAUGAAGUCGAUCUUCUGAAAUACUAUAGCCAUCAUAUUGCCCCUUGGCUGGACGUAUAUGACCAAACUCAAACAUUUGGCCAUCUUUUUACCCGUCUGGCAAUGGUUUCACCUUGCGUGCUAGACGGAAUACUCCGGGUUUCGGCAACAUUUUCAGGUCGUCCGGUAGAGACAAUACAACGCCGGGGUGUCGGCGCUCUUCACCUUCGGGCCCUUUCAAAUCCGGCCGCCGCAGAAAUUGGGCUUUUGGAAUAUCGACUUAUGGCCAGUUUUGUGCUGAUAAGGACACGCCUGUUCGUCCAGGAUGCUCCCGAGACGUGGCAGCCCACCUUCUUUAAAGGCGGAAGCGCUUUUCGUCCCGAUAAACUCACUUUGCUCGAUGCAAGUCAGUGGCGAAUAUGGACCAGUUCCUUGGCCAUACUUUCGAGAUUGGAAAUUGCAUAUUAUCUCAUAAAUCAGACAUCCCCCAACAGGAUCACCGAAUAUAUACACCAGUUACUUCGUCUGACAAAGAAGCAUAUUGACACCGAUAGUCAAUCUUAUGAAGUUUUAUAUGCUUCUCUCCACUGUCUUGAUCUCCUUAUCGAUGUGAUGAAUAUCUGCCUUCCGAUAUCAGAAGCAGAAGAUUAUGUGGCGUCGUCGGAAGCUGUGGUUUCGCCCUUAGUAGGAGCAUCUCGAGUCGCGAAAUGGAAGGAACUUCUAAACGAACUGCGGCAAUGGAAGAUGAACCGCCCUCCGGGGCUCAAGCAGUUGAUAGAAGUUGAUUGCCGCGAGGCCACAUUUCCUGUUGUCAUCUUUGCCGGCGGUGCCGGCAUCUUAUCGAAUACUCUCUACCACACUGCUAUGGUUUUGCUACUUGGCAACAGGCCACAAUCUAUAUCGCUCGCUGAAUUGAAUAGUAAUUCAGAGCUAGAAGUGCCACAGAUGUCACCUCUCUGGCACGCGCGACGUGUGUGCGGCAUUGCGUUGAACAGUGAACCAGAACAUACACAUUGCUGGGACCCGUGUAUGAUAGCGGCCUUCGCGCUUGUGGCAAGACGAAUGACACACCCAGCACAACAAAAUGAUAUAGUUGCUUGUCUGAGUCGUGUUAAAGCGGCAGGCUGGCAUAUCGAUAGCCUAGUUCAGAGGUUGCGUGACGAAUGGGGUCCUAUUGGUUGAUGCCAGCACUUUUUCAGCUGGAACAUUUAGCAAUAUAUGCCUCCUUUUGGAUGAUUGAGGUUGGACUUUUAGUAACUGUUAAC